CACGUGUUCGAGGGGGUGGGCGGUUCGCAUUUCCUGGUUUCACUUUUCACUUGCACGGUACCUCCAAUAAUCCUCGGCAAUGGCCCAGUCCCCAAAGCUCUCGUCUGCGCAACAGCAGAAGCUGCUCCGAGCCCUGAACAUCGCGAACAAGUCCCUACGCAUCCUUUACAAGGGCAGCACAGACGGCUUCAACACAACGGCGUUCCACACGAAAUGCAACAACCAAGGCCCUACCAUCACCGUUGCGUACAACGCCCAGGGGUACAUUUUUGGGGGCUACGUUUCACAGACCCUAACGUCUCGGGGAAGCUACAUUGCAGACAACGACUCGUUCGUGUUUCGCUUGGAGGGACCAGGAAACCCAUCCCCCUCUGUGAUUAAAACUGCCAAUACAUCAAACUCCUUCUAUGAUGCUUCAAACUACGGUCCUACUUUUGGAAGUGGGCACGACCUCAUGUUUCUCCCCAACAACGGUACCAAUGGCUGCAGUUUCACGGGCAAUCUGGGCCAGACGUACAGUGCAACAAACGCCAACAUCUUCGGAAACGACUUGAUUUUGCACGAGCUGGAGGUGUACACCCUUGACGAGAAAGUGCUGGCCGAAAAGCCGUGGAGAAAUGUUUCAUGGACUGAAGAGAAGCGAGAGCAGCUCAUGCGGGACGUGUGCGGCCACACCACACGGGACACGCGUGUGAAGGCCCCACGCGUUCUGCUGCUGGGCCAGGUUGGCGCGGGAAAGUCGAGCUUCUUCAACUCCCUCGAUGCCGUCUUCGCGGGCCACGUGACCACGCGCGCAGCAGCGGGCAGCAGCGGAUCCAGCCUCACCUCCCGGUUCCGCACAUAUCAGCUGUUUGCCGGGAGAGGAGGCAAGGCACUGCCUGUGCAGCUAUGCGACACCAUGGGGAUGGAAGAGGGCCCGGGCACCGGCAUAGACCCGGAGGACGUGGUCAGCGUGCUGCACGGACACGUGCCCGACCGCUACCAGUUCAACCCCGUGGCAUCAAUCGACUGUAGCUACCCGGGCUACGUACAGGAGCCCGAGCUGGCGCAGCGCGUGCACUGCCUGGUGUUCGUAAUGGAUGCGGGCAAGGUGGCCGUCAUGUCAGAGCGCAUGCAGGCCAAGCUGCAGCUCAUUCGCAGCAAGGCCAACAAGAUGGGUAUCCCGCAACUCAUCCUGUUGACCAAAGUGGACCAGGCAUGUCCUCUGGUCGAAGAGGACAUUCAGAACAUCUAUCGUAGCCAAUAUAUCAAGGAGAAGGUGGUGGAGGUGGCGUCGCACCUGGGCAUGCCCGUGUCCUCCGUGCUGCCCAUCAAGAACUACGCCGUGCAGCUGGAGCCCGACACCAGCAGCGACAUUCUGCUGCUCAUGGCUCUGCUGCAGAUGCUGCGCUACGUGGACGACUUCCUCAUGGAGCUCGCGGAAGCCUGAAAGUGGCUUGGAGAGCUACUCCCAUACAUGGCCUAAAUUUAGUGGCCAGGGCAAGAUCGGUUAGUGUUGCCAACUCCUCAAAGCGGAAAGUUGCCAAACGAAACUCAAACUGUCACCAGAUGUCGCUAAAUUAAACCUCUAAAGUUUAAAAAAUAUUACUAGAUAAUUUACCAAGUCUGGAACAAAGUAAAUUGAUAUAGAAUCCUAUAUACCCGGGAUGUCACUAAAUAUAAAGAUGUCACUUUGAUUAUAUUUUUCACGAGGGAAACGUAAAAAUUCACUAAACAUAGCAACAAAACUGCUGAGCUGGCAAACCGAGACCGGUCCUCGUCCCCAAAAUCUGCAUGACCUCAUCCCCCUCUAUACCUGAUCCUCUCUGCUUUAGGUCCCCUUAUUUACGUGUUAUUUUUGGUCUAGGGAAUUAAGCGGGAAUCACGUUGCUUUGUUGGGUAGCAAGUACAGGGCAAGACAAUGUCUGAAUUAAGUUCGUUCGUUUUGAGACCUGUUUGGGAUAAGAGACACGGAACUGCUUCGUCCCCGCUGGCAUAGUGCAGUUUGUGUAGCUGUCAAACCACUGACUUGUUCCAUAAAUAAGUUGGGUUUUUUAUCAUAACGAAAUAAUUACCUUCUAAAUGACAACCCAUGUUUUGUAAGGAUGACUUUUCAUAUUUUACUGUGGUUGCCCAAUAUUUGGAAUUGUCCAUGAAAUUAAUUUCAUCUUUCAACGACUAUUUACAGAUAAUUAAAUAGCACCAUUUAGCGUUAAGUGACUCUAAAGUUACAACCUUCGGUAAUCGAUUCUUGACACGAGACGAGUCUUCAGGAAGCACGGAACGCGACAGUGGAAGUGGACAUUUACAAUUAUCCCAUAAAACCCUGAAAGAGGAGCAGGCCCCAGCACAGCUGGUAUGGUCAUCCCAACCCAUAACCUCCAACAGAUGCCACUGCCAUCACAGGAAACCUGAAAACAAAUGUUCAUGAAACAGAUACGAGCAAAAUAUGAUACAGGUACUCCAAUGCAUAAAAUAAUGUGUCUUAAGUUGACGAAUGCUUGUCCCUUUGUAACAAUACAUUGCAAAAAUUGUUUGCAAAUUUGAAGCACCCAAUGUUACAAUUGCAGUUUAUCUUUGAGGACAUGCGUUUGCCAAAAUGCUCUCCAGGUGAUUGUAAAUGCUUUGGUCCUUAAUAAAUGGAUACAAUAAUAUAA